AUGUCUUCAUCCUCCACAACCAGUAGUGUACCAUCUAUUUGUAAUGAACAUUCUCUUGCUCGUAUAAAUAGUAUCAUUAAACAAUUUAAUUUGAUUGAAUUACCACGCGAAGGUGGUUUAUAUCAACUAAUCGAUCAGUCUUCUAUCGAAGUAUCUCUUUCAUCCCAGUUAAAAUUACAUGCUCAAAGUCAUAUUUAUUAUAUGUUAACAUAUUCACGUCCAGAUGAACCACAAUUAGCACAUAACUAUUUACAUUCAAUAGAAAAUUCUGAUGAUUUACACAUAUUAGUAGAAGGUGAUAGUGUAGACUAUUAUUUAUUUUACGAAGAUGGUCAUGUUGAACAUAAAAUCUUAGGAAAUGAUUAUACUGCUGGAGAAGUACCAGUUAUAUCAACUCCAGGUACGAUUAGUUCCAAAGCUUUGAAAUUAAGACCUGGAAAAAAUGGAUUUGCAUUUAUUGUAAGUGUUAUAACCCCAGAAUGGACACCUGACAGAUGCAAAAUUGGUGCUGGACAAUCGUUUCUUGACAAAUAUAUCGGAAAAGAAGAAUGGUGUACAAAAGAAUUUCUUACCGAGUUAAUUGGGCCUAAUUGGAUGGAUAACAAUAUAUAA